AUGAGCUACAACAGGAUGUACAGGCGCUCUCCUACUCUCCAUCGCCGCCAAGGUCCCGCCCCGCCCGCAUCGUUGGCCUCCACGGCCUCUACGUCCACGACACGCCCACUCCCAGCUGCAGCAUUGACUUCGACUGUUCCACCCCCAGAUGGUGUUGGCCCCUCCACCACGUCGUCAAGCUCGAGCUCGAGCUCUUCUUCUGCAAGCUCUUCUUCUUCUUCCUCGUCCAGCUCGAGCUCGUCGGCCUCUGCCGCCGUUUCCUCCACUCCUGUAGCCCAGUCGGCUUCCACCGCCGCCGUUUCGUCGCGGUCGACUGCCGUUGUGGCCACGGUGACACAAUCGACGACCCGUUCCGCUACGACAACUCGCGCCGUUGCAACUGCUACCGGUACGGGUGGUGAUUCCGACGGUAUGGGUAUCGGAUCUAUUGCGGGUAUCGCUGUGGCGGCAAUUGUUGGCAUUGCCGUCAUAUCCGCCUUUGUCGUCUGGCUCAUCCGUCGCAAGAAGAAGAACCAAGACAUUGACGAGGAGCCAUUCAACCGCAACUCGUUUAUGCGCAACUCGACGGUCAUUCCCGACGACGACGUGGGAAUUCCGUCACGCACCCGCCCACAGCCGAACAUGGCGGAACGGCAGCCGACGUAUGGCGGAUCGCCGACGUUCAACGACACCGGUUACAACUCGUUUGGCUACAACACCCAACCCAGCUAUGGUGCCCCUCCUCAACCAGGCUACAAUGUUAAUCCCUUUGGGCCAGGCGGUGCCCCCGCGACCCCUCUCCCACACUCGCCCGGAUAUGGUAACACUUACGAUCAAGGUUUCAACCAAGGUGGAUACACUGAGCUGACGCGUGGUGGACCGCACGACUAUCCUCCGUCCCCCCACACGUUUGAUCAGCAAUUCCCUCACCCUCAAUCCCCGUCGUAUGUCGGCCAUGACAAGUUCCCUGCACCUCCGGCAUCGGCCACCAACUAUCCAGAGCUGAGCCCCGCACCUGCUUCGUCCCAGGGCCAUGUUGUCGUUGCCAACAACAAUAUGCAUGAUGGACGUGAGACUCCUGUACAACUCGGAUUUGCUCCCGGCCCUGCUGCUCCUGCUCAGAAUCAGACUCGUGGACCAAAUGGUGCUCCAGCUCCAGGACCACACGGAAAGGCUCGCCCCGAGACGGUCUACGACCCCGAGGACGCAUACGGUGGAAUGUAA